GUUGAGUAGUGAAGCACCGCCUUCCUUGUUCUGAGGGAAUGGAGGGUGUCAGGGCUUGGUCUCCGCUCGCCAUUCCCCUCGGAUCUUCAUGAGCAUUCAUCCAGUGGUUCCAACCGCGUCCACUGGUGUCGGCGCCCACAGGAGACUUCGGCCCACUGUCUGGUGGCAGGCAGCAGGGCGCAUGUGUGUACAUCACGGGCCCCGGUGGUGACGUCACCGCUCGUGCCUGCGAUUGGCUCCGAAAAGCUGCCGCCCCCAAUGACGGCUUUGCUCGGCGCGGGGCCCUUUAAACCUGUUUUGCCCCGCCGGCGGUCCGUUCGGGGCCGCGUACUGCGACUGCGCUGUCCGCUUUCAAGGUUUCCCGUUUAAAGGGCUUUCGUGAUGGCUUGAGGGUACAGGGGGAAGGGGAAGGUCAAAGGUUCCCUUGAUUGGGGGAUCCCGGAGCUGUGGUCUCAGAUCUGACUUAAGAGCCUUGAGAGUGUCUGUAAAAUUCUGAUCCAGUCAAAUGAAGUGGUGUUGCGUUUGGAACCGUGCGACUGUCUCCCCGUUUCAGCGUGAGUUCCGUGGGGCCCAUAGUCACCUCAUUAAGCCAGAGGAAAGGCGCAACAAAGAGUUCUUGAAAGAAUCAACGACCGAGUAAGGUCCAGUGGAAACUGUCCAAAUGCCUCCGAAACCCGUUGUAUGCUGGACUUGAGCCAAAAGUGGGAGAAAUCGUCAGCUGCAGACAGUUCAACAGUCCCAAAUCUGGUAAUGCAGCUGCAGCCCCGUGGAAGGCCAGAUUCGCCAGUGUUCCUGAGCUGCCCUGUUUGCAAGAAUCUCCUUGGGUUGCAGCCUUAAUCUUGCGUCCCUCAGUCCACACCCCAGCCACAGAGGCCGGACAUGGCCGAGACACGGCAUGGAGCCUGGUUCGGCUUUGGUUUCUGUGGCUUUGGGCAAGCGCUGGGCUCUGGGAACGGCCACCAUUCAGUGCCCUGUCCUGAACCACUGCAUGCCAGUGAUGAUGUUUGCCAAGUGAGCGCAAGCUGGAGCUACACUGCCCUGAUGACCUGUGGAGGCCGGGUGGAGCUGUCGGGGUCUGUGAGCGGUGCAGUGGACGGCUGCAGGGACGUGUGGGCUUCCGAGGGACUCCUGGUGCUGCUGCGCGACAAGGGCGUCUCCAGCCCGGAACUGCAGGCCUGGGUCCCAGGUUCCGCGCUCCAGGGGGAGCCCCUUUGGGUCCAGAACUUGGUUUCAGGGGCAAAGGCCGAAGGGGAAGAUGAACCCGGCAGCGAGUCUAGGACCGGGCCCCUGCCGUUGCUGCCCUGCGCCCGUGCCUAUGUGACCCCACAGCCACCCUUCUGCCAGCCUCUGGCCCCAGAGCUGCGGGUCCGCCAGCUGGCGCUGGGCGCUGAGCAUGUGCUGCUGCUGUGCGAUGCUGGCCAAGUGUUCUCCCGGGGCGGGGGCAGGCACGGACAGCUGGGCCAUGGCACACUGGAGGCAGAACUGGAGCCGAGGCUGUUGGAGGCACUGCAAGGCCUGCGGAUGGCCGAGGUGGCAGCCGGUGGCUGGCACUCCGUGUGUGUGAGUGAAACGGGGGAUAUUUAUACCUGGGGCUGGAAUGAAUCCGGGCAGCUGGCCCUGCCCACAAAGAGUGGGACAGAGAAGAAAACAGUGAGAGAGGAAGCCACAGAAUUGAAUGAAGAUGGUCUCAAAGGAGAGGAAGCAGCUGUGGCUGAUGCUGGAGCUCCUGCCCACUUCAUAGCCAUCCAGCCCUUCCCGGCCCUGCUGGAUCUUCCCCUGGGCUCAGAUGCUGUCAAGGCCAGCUGCGGAUCCCGACACACAGCUGUGGUGACACGAACAGGAGAACUCUAUACCUGGGGCUGGGGUAAAUAUGGACAGCUCGGCCACAAGGACAGCACCAGCUUGGAUCGACCCUGCCGUGUGGAAUACUUUACAGAAAGACAACUUGAAGUAAGGGCUGUCACAUGUGGACCCUGGAAUACCUAUGUCUAUGCAAUGGAAAGGGAGAAAAGCUGAACUAUAUCUCAGUGGAUCCCCAGGCUGCUUAUAUGCCUGGGUGAGAAUGAACCCAGCUGCCACAGGUGCAUGCAAACAUGAAUUAUAAGUUUUGAGACAAGGUUCAACAGUGAUCUCCCACCUCCUAAGUGCUAGGACUAAAGAAGCAUGACUUAACACAAAUCUUACAAAGCAUGUAAAAAGAAUUGAUUAUGUAUAUAAAUGCUUAUUUCUGGAGUAGUGCUAGGGAUCAAAACUCCCAGGGCCUUCCAUGUGCAUCAACAGCUGCAAAAUGAAAAAAUAUUCCUAAAUGAAAAAAAAAAGAGUAAAUCCAAACUAUUUUGAGAAUAGAUUCUUAAAAUUUCUUCUAUAUUCUUUGACUUUGUCUUUUUUUUAAGAUUUAUUAUAUGUAAGUACACCGUCGCUGUCUUCAGACACACCAGAAGAGGGGUCAGAUCUCAUUAUGAAUGGUUGUGAGCCACCAUGUGGUUGCUGGGAUCUGAACUCGGGACCUUCGGGAGAGCAGUCAGUGUUCUUAACUGCUGAGCCAUCUCACCAGCUCCUGAAUUUGUCUUUUAAUGACUUUAAUCUAUAAAUGAAAGCAGUCAUUGAUUUGGAGAAAAAUAAAACAAUGUAGUAUUUUAAAGGUAACUAUAUAUAUUUUAUUUUAGCAUAUUUAAAAACAUAUAUGUGAGUCAACAGCAUACUGACACAGAAGUUUUAAAGAAUCAUUUUAAUGUGCUGGCAGAACUGGCACAAAGAAUAAAUAAUAGUGCUUUUGGGAAGAGUAGUGAUGACGUGGGUAGGCAAGGAAAGCCUCGUUGUGGACGUGAUACACAGAUAACUUAUAGAUGUGCAAAGUUGCUGAGUCCGUGACAGAAUGUCCCGACCCCCCCAGACAGCCUCUGUUUGCCUGUCAGCUACUGAGAAUAGACUAGGCCUAAGGGGCACAGGGAUGGGAGACUGGAGAGAACUGAACAGGUCAGACAAGCAGCUCAGGUACAGGCUGAUCAAAGCUUCCAUAGCUACAGCAUUAAUUGAAUGUCCAUGAACCAAAAAAAAAAAAAAAAAAAUGUUUUUUUUUAAUAUGUUAAUUUCAAG